CACCACUGUUUCGGCUUCUCGUCGCUCUUGGAUUACAACGGAUCCGGUCUUUUCGACGCCAACACCGCCGCCAAAGUCAACACAAUCGCCAACUUUUACGCCACAACUCCUUCGCUGCCAUUCUUUGUCGACAAACGACGACAAGAGUAUCACUUUGUGGCCAAAGAUUGUCUCCUUCACCACCGAUUGGACGACAAAGAGCUGCUUCUUUGGUCCGCGAGGGAUGCGAUCAGUUGUCUACCAUUGGGAACAAACAGCGACUCGAAGAACCACUGCUAUACCGAUGAUAAUGGUGUCGAUUGCGGACCAUUUCGUAGUUGCAGUCCUCGUAACGCUUCCCAACUCUUCGUCUUUGACGACAUUUACGCGAAACCGAUACUCGAGUUGAAGGCCAAUGAUUUGCAUCAAAUUCAGACCAUUUCUCGCAAUAAAAUCACGUUUUUUAACGUCAAUCGCGGCUCAAGUGAUGACGAAUCAGAUCUCUCUUUGGAUGUGUUUCAAGCGUUGUCUGUGAAUAGUGUGGCCACAAAUGAAGAGUCGAUGUUUGAAUGUUGCGAUCGAAAUGAUAUCAUUGACAACGAACUCGUGAUUUCCUACACCACCGAUGAUGUGAUCCAUUUGUAUGACUUAGAGACCAGUGAGAAGAUCACUGCAUUUGAUUUGAAAGCAUUUGAUAAGACAUUGUCUGCGAAGACACAAAUUGGUGUCGAGUGGAGUCCAUGUGAUCCUAAUAUCUUCCUCUAUGGACAGAACAAUCAAAUAGUGGGAUGCGAUACAAGAGCUGAUGGCUCGUGCAUUAAGAUCAUUGACACCAAACAUAAUGAUAAUCAAUAUAAAUGGGAAAUGUUUUACAAGUUUUUGCCGUCAAAACUCAAUCCAUACCAACUGUUUGUGGCCACAGAUUAUCACUUGUUUAUCACUGAUUGUAGAUAUCCUCAGAUGAAUUUAAUCCAAUUGAGACAUAUGUUGCCGAAGAUAGUGAUACAAAAUCUCAAGAGUCUAGUCGUUGAUGGCGAGGAUGCAAAGAGUGAGAUUGUGGUCACGUCUGACAUCAGACACAACUGUUUGAUGUCAUUUAAAUCAGUGGCAGAGCUGACGGCCCUCUCGUCCCUUCACCUGCCAUUACACACAUCCACUCCACACGAUAAGAUGUUUGAAUGUUGCGAUCGAAAUGAUAUCAUUGACAACGAACUCGUGAUUUCCUACACCACCGAUGAUGUGAUCCAUUUGUAUGACUUAGAGACCAGUGAGAAGAUCACUGCAUUUGAUUUGAAAUUAUUUGAUAAGACAUUGUCUGCGAAGACACAAAUUGGUGUCGAGUGGAGUCCAUGUGAUCCUAAUAUCUUCCUCUAUGGACAGAACAAUCAAAUAGUGGGAUGCGAUACAAGAGCUGAUGGCUCAUGCAUUAAGAUCAUUGACACCAAACAUAAUGAUAAUCAAUAUAAAUGGGAAAUGUUUUACAAAUUUUUGCCGUCAAAACUCAAUCCAUACCAACUGUUUGUGGCCACAGAUUAUCAUUUGUUUAUCACUGAUUGUAGAUAUCCUCAGAUGAAUUUAAUCCAAUUGAGACAUAUGUUGCCGAAGAUAGUGAUACAAAAUCUCAAGAGUCUAGUCGUUGAUAAUGAGGCCCGGAUACAACUCUUGGAUAGCGGCGACAAAUCGGGCUUUUCUUUGGCACUAUUGACACAAAUGGGCGAUAUUUUUAUGCAAGACUUCUAUUGGGACUGUUUUGACGACACGAAUGGCAAACUCAACGAUGGAAAGCCUCGGGACAGGACGUGUGCCUCAGGCGUCGGAUCCAAUGAACUGACACUUAGUAAAGAAAGUGAAGAAUAUAUGCAAACUAUUAGAGAAUUCAUAUAUAAUUUGCAGUUCAAUAAAGCUUUCGAUUCGGAAGAGCAUAAUCAAUGUCUGGUGUGUUUCGACAAAAGGGUUUGCAAAAUACAGGGCAAUGAGUGUCAGUGCAGAGGUUUGAUACCCAUUGCCACCGAAGAUGAGAGUAUGAGUGAAGAAGUAAUACCCAAAGAAGUCUAUAUCGACACCAAUGAUGAGGAGGGUAUGGCUGAGUGGAGGCCCCGAUGCGAUCCGUGCGGUAUUGUCUGCAUUGUGUCCAUAUAUCUGAUCAUUAUAUACACCGACUAUGCGUUCAUCAAUUGGAUUGUUUUGCCACUCAAUUGCAAUUUGGCGACACUCGGCUUAAGUAUAUCGGUCUUCCAACUCAUACUAAUCCUAUUGGUUUGGUCGCACCUGAAGGCGGCGGUGUCUGAUCCGGGCGUUGUCCCCCACCCGACGCACGGACUCGACAUCAGCGCCAAACAGUUGCUGAACAAGAAGGACGACAACGAAGACCACAAUUGGUCCACCCCCGCGAGCCCAUCACUGCCGCAUAUGUCAGCGAUGUGUCCGCAAAAUGGACCACCACUGCCCCUGCACCGCCACAACAAACAGACCGAACAGCAGCGCCUCAAUCAG